AUGCCUCCAUCUUCAGAACAAAGCUUCAGAUCAAAUCUCUCUCAAUUCCGCUGGGCCAGAGGCGUCACAGACGACUCUCAACAAUCCCAGCAACCACUCCCAUCAUCAAACCCAUUCUCCCGCUUCUACAACGCCCUAGCAGGCGACUACAUCCCUCUCAGAUCCGAUGCACGUUCCAAUGAAGACGAGGCAUGGUUUGCGCUAUCACGUUGGGAGAGACUGCUCGGGUUCGGUGCAAGCUUGUUAGGCGCAGCAGUCUGCUUCUUCGUCGCUUUCAUGACCCUCCCUUUCCUCGCCAUCAAUCCCGCAAAAUUUGCUUUAGCAUUUAGUCUGGGGAGCUUGCUCGUGAUGUUCGGUUUCUCAGUCCUCAUAGGACCAUUAAACCACGCAAAGCAUUUAGUUUCAAAAGAGCGACUACCCUUUACCCUUGUCUACUUCUCAAGCUUGGGCUUGACCCUCUAUUUCUCCAUCAGCGUCCACUCGUACUUGGGUUCGCUACUAGCAGGUAUCGUCCAGGUAGUAUCUCUAGUAGCGUACGUCCUGGCGUACUUCCCGGGAGGUACACAGACAUUACGCUUUGGUGGACAAGUCGCUCUUCGGGGAGCAGGAAGCCUGCUACCUUUCUGA